AUGCUGGAUCAGGCUGGCGUGCCAAACGUCAUUUGGGGAUGGCUGGCUCUAGGCCUGCAUACAGCCGAUAAUGGCAACCGCGAAAUCGAGUUCGUCAUCGCCGACAAGAAACUCGACGAGGCCAAACGAGUCCUUGCCGCGGCCGGCUUCACGGCCUGCACCGACACCAGCUGCGGCGAGCUCUGCGAGGACCGCUUCCCCGUCGAGAAGAUGGCAGUCGUCUUCGGCACCAUGGACCUUGCCACUCGCGGGGCCGCCAUGGGCGCCGCGUACUCCUUCGACCGCUACCACCCCGUGCCCGCGGUCCACUACCACGUCCAGGGCCUACCGCAGUGGGCCCCUUACGAGUUGCUCUCGCUGCACAAGCAAUCCGCCCAGCUCUGGUGGCUGCCCGAACUGAAGACGGACGCGCCCGCACCGGACGACAGGAACCUCACCCUCACCAACUCCGCUCGCCUGCUAACGGGCAACGGACGGACCGCGCCCUUCAACGGACCAGGCCAGUACCCCAUGAAGGUCCUUCUCCCCUGGGCGUUUCUCGAAGCGGUGAUUCUGCUCCGCUGCCGCGACUACGGGCACAUGCGGGACCUGCAUAAUCUCUGGAGGUUCAAGCUGAUGUACUUCGUGCCGCAUGAUGCCGACGUUCGCGAUAAGCUCGAUCCGCAGUUCAAGCCCGUCUGGGAUGCGCUGAACCAGCGCUUGCCGGCGCACGUCUGGAACGUACAUGUUCCGCUUGGACAGUUGCGGAGGAAGUUGAUUGCCGCUGGGGAACUUCCUGACAUCCCGACGCCUAACAAGGCCGAGAAGAUGCCGGGGGGCUGCGAGGCUCGCGAUCACAGCUCGGGAUGGCCGGGGGGGUUGUGA